AAAAAAUCGUUUCUUUUCUUUGCCGAGCGCCCGAGCCCCCUCCGCGGCUCCGCCUGCUCCCGUCGCCCUUCCUCCCGAGUCCCGAGAGCUCCCUCCCCCGCCGCCUGCCUCGCGCCGAACUCCUUGUUCCUCGCUGCGCCUCGCCGCCGGCUGCCUCACCGCCGGCGACGGGGCCCAACAAAGCCGAGGCAUCUUUCGACAGGAGCUUUCCCCUCUAAACUGUUGCCAUCCUCUUCCCAUUCUGUUUUACCGGACUUGCGUGGAUCCAUCCAGACUGGAUUAAUUUGUUCUAAGGUUUUUUGUUAGCUGCGUGGUACACUCCCUAGCAAUGCUAGACCUACAUCCAUUGUUGACGGAUUGGAUUAAGUUCCUGCUCUUCUCUUGUGCGCGCAAGAUCAGUUUCGGUCGGUUUGGACUUGUGCCAACCUUAGGUGCGGGUGCAGACAAUUUCGUUAUUCAAUAGCUCGCCAUCGCUUUUCUCGACGAAGGUGCAAAUCAUGGGGAAGUUUAUGCCUGACAAUCCACUGGUAUCUCCUAGUGAAGUAAAUAGACAUCACUAUAGUCUUGCAGCCAUUGCUGUUGGCUUGGGACUAGGAGUUGCUGGGUUAUGCAAGGCAUUGUAUAGUGGUUCGUCCAUACCAUGGGUCUCUCCGAGGAAUUUAUUUUUGGGAUCAGGGAGAGUAUACUAUGUUGGAGGUUUACGGAAUCUUGGCAACAAUUGCUUUCUUAAUGUCAUCCUGCAGGCACUUGCCAGCUGUGAUAGUUUUGUUUCCUUUCUAGAUAAUCUGCUUGCAACUGACGGCUUGCUACCUGAAGAAAAGGCUGAAAGAAUGCCUCUUCUUCUUGCUCUAUGUUCUCUCUUGCAAGACUUGAGCAUAGUUCGAGAUGAAAGAAUUGUGUUGAAUCCACAUGGAGUAAUGCAUGCUUUGAGUUUCUAUGUUAGUCACUUCAAUUUGACCAGACAGCAGGAUGCUUCGGAAGCUUUUCUUCAUCUUUUGAUCUCACUGCGAGAUGAAUUUUCCCAUAGUUAUGUACCACAUAGGAGUUCUCUGGCAGACAUCACUCUGUCUCACUCUAAAGUAUACAAGCAAAGGGAAGGUAGCCAGCCUGAAUGCAAGCGCUGGAAACAAAAUCUAUUUGGCCCAUUUGAUGGGACAAUCGGCAGCAUAUUAUCUUGCAGAAACUGUUCAUCUGUGCUAUCGUUGGACUUCCAGAAUUUCCAAUGCCUGCCUCUCUCACCAGUGCUUAACACAAAUGGAGAUAUUACCAGUGGGUGUAGUUUGGUGGAUUGCCUAAAGUACUUCACUGUGGUGGAACAUCUUGACAAUUAUCGUUGUGAUCGGUGUUGGCAUAUUACUGCUGCCAAGUAUCUAUCUCUCAAAUCAGAAGCUGAUGAGGAAAAAGUUAGCAAACUUAACACCUGUGUCGACUAUGGCACUUGCAGUUGCAGGGGUAUAUUUUCCCCAGAGGAAAUACCAUGUUCAUCACCUUCACGAGCAACAAAGCAGUUGAUUAUCGUUCAGUGUCCGAAGAUUUUGUGCAUUCAUUUGCUGCGUGCUUCAGUUAGUCUUGAUGGUGAGCCCAUCAAACAUCAGGGACAUAUUUCUUUUCCUUUACUUCUCAAUCUAUCCCCAUUUGCGGGAGGUGCAUCGAGCAUUGGGCAGGGGCCUGGACCUUUGGCAAUGAAAGUUCAAAGAGAUGGCCAGCAAGCUCUCCAUCUAUACCGACAACUGAAUAUGCAGAUGAGCUUGAAUGUAAUACCUACUGGAGGGAACUCAAUUCACAUGGCAAAUGCUGAUGUGGCUAGUAGUUCAUCAUCAUCACUGCAGCCGUCACCAUCAUCAUCAAGGAGCAAGUUAUAUGGUCUUUCAGCCGUUGUGGAGCACUACGGGAAAUGCGGAGGAGGGCACUAUGCAGUUUACAGGAGAAUUGCAUCAAAUCCUGACCCUGAGGAUCCAGGGCAACCUCUUGCAUGUCUUGGCAAGCGGUGGUUUUACAUUUCAGAUGGUCACGUAUCAGAAGUUUCAGAGGAUGAUGUUUUGGGUGCGGAGGCCACCCUCCUUUUCUAUGAAAGGUUGUAGCAGCUUAUUGAGUUGCAAAAACACUGUGGUACGAAAUUAAGAGCUAUUUGUUGUCAAGAGUUGGUGGGGGUUUUUUUUGGCUCAAACGAGAGAAAUAAAAUUAGGCCUUCACUGUUUUGUACUAUUGUACACAGCAAUCCGCAGAUUGCAUGAAUUUUGGUCCAGUGGUGAUAAACUUUGAAUCAACUGAGUCAUCCUUUGUUUCA